UGGCCAGAAAUCCCGCAGUUUUAGCUCGAUUUGGAGCUCUAAAAUCGACGAAAAAGACCAAAUUUCUGGGAAGAAAGCUCAAUCCCGACGAGAACGGGAGAGAAAAGAGAGAGUGGAGUUGCACCGGCCGGAAGGAUCAUCGGCGGCGGCACGGAUCGAGCACGAAGUUGCAGCGUGCAAGGAGCUAAACCUAGAGCUCUGAUACCAUGUUAGAAUAGCAACUAGUAUUCACAGUGGGCCAAAGGCCAGUACAUGUACAAGGGUACAAUAUGCAGGGAAACCCCUCACACUAUGGGAAUAUACAGGGAAUAUAGGGGACUAUACACCACUAACAAAGUCUUUAUUCUUCAUGCAAAAUGAUCAGUAAUAUAGAAAUAAGAGCAACCUGUGUGUUAUUUGCCUAAAUACAAAGCAUGGCCAGUCGCCAUCGACAUGAUGAUAGCAGUAGCACUCUUGACAUGGCUAAAACACAAACUACAAGAAAGGGUCCACCCUUCACAAUACAUGGUUUGCGGUGCUAUGUAUUAUUUUGACAACUGGGAUUUUAUUAGGUCAUCAAGAUGGUACAAAAACACACCCUGCGACAAGGACGAUCGAUCUAUGCACAGUCUGACUUAUUGCAAAAAAUCUAUCGCAAAGAAAACUAUUUACGAAAUUGUACACUGUUGGAUUCCUAUUCCAAAGAUGUUCCAAAUGGGAUAACUUUUAUGGUGCAUAUCUCAUAGUGUCGACCAAACUGAUGGUCAAAAUUAGAGUGAAAUAGCAAACAAAGAAAGUAUUAUUAGCAAACAUGGAAUAAUGGAUGUGGCAUAUGAUGGUCAUGUGCAUCGCUACCCUGCUGUUUACCUGUUCUUCAUGAGUUAACUUACCCAGCAUCUGGCAACGUUUUGUAAAGCUUAUCGGUUCAAAGAAGACUUGACCAUCUGAGUAGGCGCCAAGUCGACAUAUGGCUGCGUCAGGAGACGAUUUAAGAUCUCACCUAUAUGAAGGUACCAGUUCUGAAUUUUGAAUCCUCAAGUCUCCUAUCUGCUUUUUCCCCUCAUUUGAAAAAACCUUGAGAAAUUAUCUGUCACAUUUGUGCGGAAAUCAUCUCAACCGUGCCUCCACUACAUAGCAGUGCUUCUUCAGGGCACCACGGCAUCAAACUGCAAAUGGAUUGUCGAUCUAGUAGUAUUACACCAAGGGACCUGGAGUGCAUGCUAUGUGAUAAAACGAUAGAGCCUAAGGCGUUGCCGCUGUCACUUUUGGAAGAAAUCACAGAUGGUUUCUCUGAUGAGCAGAGAAUUGGCAGUGGUGGGUUUGCGGUGGUUUAUAAGGGAAAGCUUGAAAAUAGGAUGGUGGCUGUGAAGAGGAUGUCCAAUACGUAUAUGCAUGAGAAGGAGUUCCAUCGAGAAGUGGAAUGUCUCAUGAUGGUGAAACACAAAAAUAUCGUACAGUUUCUUGGAUAUUGUGCUGACACACAAGGGACUAUGGCAAGGCAUGAAGGAAAAUUCGUCAUGGCGGAUGUACAACAAAGGUUGCUCUGCUUCGAGUAUCUUUCUAAAGGGAGUCUUGAUGAGUAUAUCACUGAUACAUCCAGCGGACUUCAGUGGAGAGACCGCUACCAUAUUAUUAAAGGAAUUUGUCAAGGAUUACACUAUCUUCAUCAGAAAAAUAUUAUCCACUUAGAUCUAAAGCCAGCAAAUAUAUUGUUGGAUGAUAAUUUGGUGGCAAAAAUUGCUGAUUUUGGUCUAUCUAGGUACUUUGAUGAAAGGCAAACCCGGGUUCUUACGGAUAAAAUAGCUGGAACUUUGGGAUAUUUGGCACCAGAAUUUUGUAACAAAGAAAUCACAUACAAGUUUGAUAUCUACAGUCUUGGUGUAAUAAUCAUAGAGAUACUCACCGGAAAGAAGGGGUAUCAUGAUAUUGACAAGGUAGUUGAAAGUUGGAGUAACAUGUUGGAGAAAUCGCAUAGCAAGGUACAACAUGAACAAGUAAGAGUAUGUGCUGAGAUAGGAAUAGAAUGCACCAAUUUCAACCCAGCGAAGAGACCGGAUACAGAGCACAUAAUCAGUAGACUCGAUGAAGCAGAAAAUUUUGACAAAUAUGUUGAAACUGGCAAGAUUACUUCACACGAGAUUAAUCCGGACACAUUGAGUGGCACCAUGCAUGUCCUUUGGUUGAUCUAUCAACGACUUAAUCCAGACAUCAGGCCAUGCAUCCAAUAUUGUAGUAUUUUCCCCAGAGGAUCCAAGUUGAAAACAAUCGAGUUGGUUAGCUUGUGGAUAGCUCAAGGGUUUGUAAAGGCUAGUGUAACAGAGGACAUGGAAGAUGUAGCUGAGAGGUAUAUUCGAGAGUUAGUGUCAUGCUCAUUCCUACAACCACAGAAAACUUGGGAUGGUUCUUAUUACUUUACAAUUCACGAUGUGCUGCAUGAUUUAUUAACCAAGGUCGCCCGAAAUUGCUUCAGAAUUGAGAAUGCAAAGAGCCAUAUAGUGAAAGGUUGGGAAGGAGAUGUGCCUCUAGAUGUCAAUCAUCUUUUUGUUCAGAAUUAUGAUGGAGAAUUGAUUACUGAGAAGAUCCUUGGAUUGAAAAAUUUACUCACUCUCAUUGUUAAUGUUGUUGAAGAGGAUACACGAGUUGAGGAAGAAGUCAUUGAGAGUAUAUUCAAGGAACUACCGGAGUUGAGGGUAUUGGCCAUUGCUUUCAGCAAGGAGCAUCGUGGAAUCGAGAAACUUUACGAGUUCUCGAUCCCAGAAUCUAUUUGUCAGCUAAAGCACCUACGCUAUUUUGCUUUCAGGACAUCAGCGUCAUGCAUGUUAAUUUUACCAAGAGAAUUAAACACACUUCACCAUAUCCAGCUUCUAGAUUUUGGCGAUGGCGAAGUUCUGGAAUUUUCCUUUCCUGACCUUAUCAACUUGCGUCACAUAUUCUGCUGGUGCGUGAAAUUUACUAACAUAGAUAGCCUGAUAUUACUCCGAACAAUUCCAGCCUUCAAAAUAAAUGAAGGUUGUGACAUAGAGCAGUUGAGAGACCUAAACAAGCUCCGCGGUAGUCUGGAAAUCCUUGGCCUUCCAAUUGUUAAAAGAGAGGAAGCUCUUGGAGCCAAUCUAUCUGCCAAGGAAUGGCUAACAGAACUAGUACUGUCUUGGGAUUAUUAUUUUCAUGUUCAUACAUCGUGGAGUUCAGAAGCUGAAGCCCAGGUACUUGAGGGGCUGCGCCCUCCCGUGGGGCUUCAGAGACUAGAUAUAUGUGACUACAGUGGUUCGAGGUACCCAGAUUGGAUGGCGGGUAACAAGGACGGUGGCCCAAAGGACCUAAAGACACUUUCGUUUGUGACAUCCAGUCAACCGGGACCCGACCUUGCUGCGGCUUUCCCUCGUCUUCGUGAGCUCAGCUUUGUUAAAUGCAUGUGGGACGCCUUACCAGGCAAUAUGGAGCACCUCACAUCCCUCGAGAAACUGGAUAUAGAUUCAUGCAAGAAUAUCCGUUUUCUCCCAACACUGCCGAAAUCUCUUGGGAUGUUUACACUCAUUCGCUGCAAUGAUGAGUUAGAAGAGUCUUGUAAAACAGUAGGACAUCCAAACUGGCAAAAGAUUGAGCACAUCCCCACAAAAUAUAUUGGUGAUCCAUUACGAAGGCGGUGAAGGAUGUAUCGCCUCGGUCACUUGAGGCAUCGCAAGAGAGCUGCUUCAAAUUCUUGGCUGCUGCUUUCUGCCAGUUUGGUAGACAUGCAUCAAACUUCCUACCAUCUGAUGCAAGGGGAAGCAAACGGGCAUACAAGUACUGCCAUUCAGGCAUAACAAAUAGGGGAUGCUACCAUUCAGCACAACACAGUGCAUAAUGGCAUAACAAAUAGUAUGUGUUCUCUCUUAAAUUAAAUCCAAAAAAUUGGGUGUACUAGUAAAGAAGAUACAUGAGUACUUAGAUGAGGACAGAAAAAUCAAGCACAUGUAAAGGUGAGGGCAUCUAAUUUGGCAAAGCUCUACCCAGAGUACGGAGAACACUAAAAGAGUACUCGUGCUAAUCGAUUUUGUUUA